CUGUCUCCAUCUCCCUCCCUCUCCCCCUCUCUGUCUCUCUCUCCCUUGCUUGCUCUCCCUCUCCCCCUCUCUCCUUUUAAGGGGUGGGAAGGAGUGGUAGGGCGGGAAGCAGGUGCCUUGAGACUGGGUACCCACCACCCCAAACCACAGAUUUUGGACAAUAAAACUGACCUGUGUCCAAAGUGACUACCCUGGGUGCUUUCCCCCCCCCCCCAUUUCUCUCACUGUCUCAGAGCCUGGGUAUAGAAUUGUUUAGCUGCUUCCCUGGACUUCGGAGAGGAGAGAAGGGCAUUUGUAGCCCCCACCCCAAGCUGGCAAGCCAGGGCACAGCACCCCUCCUCCCCCCACCUUGGCAGAAUAACCCUGCUGGCGCGGCGCUGGGCUGAGCUGUGCUGGGGGGGCCCCUCUCUGCGCUCGGCCUUUGUCUCUUGUGGGGGGGCGAGGGCAGGCCCAGUUUCUCAAGGGCCUAGCUCUCCCCAGACCCUGGGUCGGGCUGAGGUUGCCAGGAGAUUCUAUUUCCUCCUCCUCUUGGCGCCCCCCACCCAAGAGUCUCGUUUCCUGGGAGACUUGUGGGGGGAAGGGGACAGCGGAGGCCAUGGAGGCUGGGCUACCCUAGCGUUUGAGAGUGGGAGCUAGGCCGAUCCCAGAGGGAUCGCCUGCCGGGCUCUCCGAGUUUGGGGUCUCCAGACCCGCCACAAAACCUAUUUCUGCUUUAAUUAAACCUCUCAAGUCACGAUUCGAGAAAAAUCCUUCCUUGGCCCCCCUCCCCUCAUUUGCAUUCAGGCCCCGACUCGGAAUGAGAGGAGGCCUGGGGCGGGGCUGCCAUGCAAAUGUCUGGUUGCCGAUUGGCCCGGCCGGGGAGGGCGGGGCGUUCGGGGCUGACCUCUCCGCUGGCUCGGCCGCCCGGUGACCAGUAGAGUGCGAGCCUCCGUCCCGGGCGGAGCCGGGCAAUUCGCUUCAGCGGCCAGCCCCCCAGGCCAGCCGGGCCAUGCUGACCAAGGGCCCCGAGGCGCUGCCUCAGCUCCCGUCCCCGGAGCCCCCGGGCCGGCCAGGCAAGGGCCAGGAGGCCCUGGAGGCUACCUACCGCCUGGGGCCCCUGCUGGGCAAGGGCGGUUUCGGCUCCGUCUUCUCUGCGCACCGCCUGGCCGACCGCCUGCAGGUUGCUGUGAAGCUGAUCCCCCGGAGCCGCGUCCUGGGCUGGGCCCCCCUGUCUGACUCAGGCCCAUGCCCACUGGAGGUGGCCCUGCUGAGGAAGGUCGGGGCUGGGGGUGGUCAUCGGGGUGUGAUCCGACUACUGGAUUGGUUUGAGACCCCUGAGAGCUUCCUGCUGGUGCUUGAGCGACCAGAGCAUGGCCAGGAUUUGUUUGAUUAUAUCACUGAGCGGGGACCCCUGGGAGACAGCCGCUGCCGCCGCUUCUUCAGCCAGGUGGUAGCUGCUGUGCGCCACUGCCAUGCCCGAGGCGUAGUCCACCGAGACAUCAAGGAUGAGAACAUCCUAGUGGACUUGAGGCGGGGUGAAGUGAAGCUCAUUGAUUUUGGCUCUGGCGCCCUGCUCCGGGAUGAGCCCUACACUGACUUUGAUGGAACAAGGGUGUAUAGCCCACCAGAAUGGAUCUCGCAGCAGCAGUACCAUGCGCUACCCGCCACUGUGUGGUCCCUAGGCAUCCUCCUUUAUGACAUGGCCUGUGGAGACAUCCCCUUUGAGCAUGACCGGGAGAUCCUAGGUGCUCGACUGCGCUUCCACUGCCAUGUCUCCCCAGGUUGUGAGGCCCUGAUCCGACGUUGCCUGGCCCCUGACCCUGCCAACCGACCCUCACUGGAGCAGAUUCUUCGAGACCCUUGGAUGCAGGACGGGGAGGAGCACUUAGCACUUACUUCGGAAAUCCUGCCUCCUCUCUCUGGUGAAUCCACUGUCUCCUGUGAUGCCAGUACCCCAGAGUGGCCAGCUUUCUAAUAGUGGUGGAGGAGGAACAGAAGCAUGUAUACUUGUGGUCCCCCAAAUGGGACCAGUCUCUUGAGGCUGCACUGUUGACCUGGUUUUACAGGUUGUUUAGAGAUGCUUCUCUGGACCUCACCCAAGGGACCUACUAGCCCAUUCCCCAUUCUCCUAAUUGGGCUUUCAAGGAUGGAUGGGGACUUUUUCAGACACUAGACCCCCCUCCCCCAUUCCCCCUUUCCUUUAUAGGUUGUUUAGAGAUCCCGAGGUUGGGGUGGAAAAGAAGGCUGGGAGCUUAAGGCUUUCUUCCUCCUGGCUUCUUCAAACCCGGACAUUUCCUUGAAGCAGCUGCCCCUGCCCCUGCCCCUGCCCCUGCCCAGCCAGAGGGCCUGUGUCGAUGAUUGUCUAGUGAGGCUGACUUCUUCACCUUCCCCCUAUGAAGGCGGCUGCUGCCUCCCGAGGCUGUGCCAAUACUUUGGACAAUUGGCCACGGUUGAACCAGAGGACGCCGGGAGGGGGAAGGGAGGGCGGUCGGUGGCCAGCAGGCUCUCAGCCCCUCGAACCUGUGCAUAACAUUAAAACGAGCCCUAGGAGGCCCUUGCAACCCCA